AUGGCGUCUUCAAGUCCAUACGAUUCGUACAUAUGUACCCUCGCGAUUGCUGAGAAAACUUUCGGCAUCCAUAGGGAUAUACUGUUUCAACUUUGUGAAGACAAAGAGAGUCACAUCGGAAGAUUACUCGACGGCGGUAGUCUUAAAUGGGGACUAGUUUACAUAUAUCCUGAGGAGGUCCCCAACGGCUACGAUGCUGCGACGGUAGAGCGACUUAUCCAGUUUGCCUAUGCAAGCUAUUACAAUGUGCCAGAACCCAAGAUAGAUGACACUCAAGGUGGGCAAGGAACCCAAAUCCGCGCGAUGGAUGUCUCAAAUGCCGAGCCCAAGGGUCACGACUCUGGUUAUUGUGCGAACCAAUCCAAGUCUCCGCCGCCCGCUUCGUGCUCAUCUGCAUCAAGCGAUACCAACACCACCCCAAGCUCAGCAACACGAAUCGUGACACCUACAAGUUCUGUCACGACGAGCUAUCGUCUCAAAGUAAAAAGUCCCAAAUCAGCCCUUCCAAAGUCUAACAAACAGACUCUGAAAGAAGCAUUCAACGCAAAAGCUCGCUCCUCAUUGGGCAAGAAUUACGCAUCUCGACCACCUGGCCCUCGCGUCAACACCCAUCCAAAUGAAGAUUUUACCCAGAUUUUCCUCGCCCACGCUCAGGUCUACAUAUUCGCUACCGUAAAAUGUAUCUACAAGCUCGAGAUAUACGCUCUAUCGCAGCUCCGCGCUGCUCUGGCGUCCUUCAAAUUGUACGAAGAGCGGGUGGGGGAUGUGGUAACCUUGUUGAGGUAUGUGUAUGGCCACGAUGGGGACCAAGCCGCCAGUGCAGAUACCAUCAAGGAUUGCAUGCAAGAGUACAUUGGAUGUGAGUUGGAGGUCUUGAUCAAGGAUGCAGAUUUCAAGCGCUGGUGCAAGAGAAUGAGGAGUUGUAUAAGGAUUUUCUGGAACAGGUUGGGAAGAGGAUUGAGCUGUAGGUUGCAUCUUGACAAGAGCAUCACAUGCAUGUAUUCCAGAAAUGAUGCCAAAGAUGGGAUCGCUGGUGGGAACAGAUUGAGAUGA